CUGUCUCCUGGCUAACCCACAUCACCUUGACCAGAGACCAUUGAGCUCGUCUAUCUCGGCAUCCAUCCUGACCAGCUCGCUCUGCCAGAACACUACCACUACAAGUACUCGAUCGCCAAGCAAGUGCGCCUCCUCUACCUCGCUGCCAAAAAGCAGGAGACCCCCAUUCCCCACCCUCCUCUUCGCCGAGUCGGGACUCUUCCUCCACCCAACCACUACAAUCGCGGUUUUGAUACGACCUGCUGCAUCGACUACCAUUUCUUCCUCUUCGACCGUGUCGAUCUGCGUGACUGCAAAAAUCCAACAUGCCAGCAGCAUAUGCGGUGCGGGAUGGCGGAGAUGCCAAAACGAAGAAGCAAAGCAUGGCAGAUCUUAAGCUCCGGCGGCUUCAGGAGCUCAAUUCACGGCUGAAGGAAGAUCUUGAAAGGCCUCGUGUCAAGGUGGCAGAAGCGUCGAUGAGCUUGAUCAACUACUGCAAUCAGACACGAGACUACAUGGUACCUUCUGUAUGGGGUCAUGUUGAUAGGAAAGAAGAUCCCUACAACCCACAAAGCGGUGGCAGUGAUGGGUGUUGUUCAGUCAUGUAAUGGGUUUCAAGUGGUACGGGACAAUCACAACAUCGGCAAUCUGAUGUGAAGGACGGAACUUGAUUCAAAAAGCAUCCGGCGCAAAUGGCGUUCAUUGUUCGAUAAAGAUUAGCCAUGGACUUCAUGCGAAAUUCUAGCGUGGAGUAUGUUAUGCAGUGCUGUUUACACGAUUCACAGAGUCAGCUUUACUUCAUUCCUGUUCAGAACUUGAAUGACAGGACCCUCAGUCGAGGCUAGGGUAGGAUACGCAAUCAAAAAUCGAUUCACGAA